UUCCUCUCCCCCCGCGGGCGCUCCCUGCCAAGCCCAUGAUGUAAUGGUGUAUGUUAAUCAGUAGCAUGUGGGGAGCUCCGGCUUGGGCGGCUCAGUCCUCCGCGAGCCGACACUGGAGACAGCGGUGGCGGCAGCGGCCGGGACUCGCAGCGCCGCACUCUCCCAGCGCCGCCCGCCCCGACGGCAUGGCCCGCAGCCCGGGCUCCGGGCGCCCCCAACCCCGCUGACAGCCGCCGCGGGCCCGGACCCGCGCGCGGGGCCCCGAGCCGCCGGGAUGAGCCGCGCCGAGUGGUGAUCGCCGCUCGGGAAUGCGGGUGUAAAGGGUCCGAGCUGCCGCCCAGCGGGAAAGAGACCCCGGGACGCCGGAAAUCACCAUCCUGAAGCCGUGAGAAGGGGGAGGGAAGAGAGCAUUCUUCAUUCAGUUUGUGUGCCUUGUGGGGAUUUUUUUUUUAAAUCGUUAUAUUUUUUUUUUAAAAAAAGAAACAUUUCCGUGCUACUGUCUGUCAUCAUCUCUGGGGAAAUCAGCCAGAACCACCGGAACGUAACUGAAACCAGACGAGAAAGGCAGCCGCCGAGGCAGUACCUGCAGCGUCCGAGCGCCAGAGCCACCUUGGAACCGGAACGCGCCUCCGGCGGCCGCGGGGCUGCGGCUCCGCCAAACUUUGGGGCGGGCGGGCCGGGCUGGGGCUCCGAGGGGCUUCGUAGACAGAGGGCCGCCCCCUAACCAUGAUGUUUCGCGACCAGGUCGGGGUGCUGGCGGGUUGGUUUAAGGGCUGGAACGAGUGCGAGCAGACUGUUGCGCUGCUGUCGCUGCUCAAGCGCGUGAGCCAGACCCAGGCCCGCUUCCUCCAGCUCUGCCUGGAGCACUCGCUGGCCGACUGCGCGGAGCUGCACGUCCUGGAGGGCGAGGCCAACAGCCCGGGAAUCAUUAACCAAUGGCAACAGGAAUCCAAGGAUAAAGUGAUUUCCCUCCUGUUAACUCACCUGCCUUUGCUGAAGCCAGGAAACCUCGACGCAAAAGUAGAGUAUAUGAAACUGCUGCCCAAGAUCCUGGCGCACUCUAUCGAACACAACCAGCACAUCGAGGAGAGUAGGCAGCUGCUGUCCUAUGCGUUGAUACAUCCGGCCACCUCGUUGGAAGACCGCAGUGCUUUAGCCAUGUGGCUGAAUCACUUGGAGGACCGCACGUCAACCAGCUUCGGUGGCCAGAACCGAGGCCGCUCAGACUCUGUGGAUUAUGGGCAGACACACUACUAUCACCAAAGACAGAACUCCGACGACAAGCUCAACGGGUGGCAGAACUCUCGGGAUUCUGGGAUUUGCAUCAACGCCUCCAACUGGCAGGACAAAAGUCUGGGGUGCGAGAACGGCCAUGUGCCCCUCUACUCCUCCUCAUCCGUCCCCACUACAAUCAAUACGAUCGGAACCAGCACAAGUACAAUUCUCUCAGGCCAGGCACACCACAGCCCUUUGAAACGAUCUGUGUCCCUUACCCCACCCAUGAAUGUGCCAAACCAGCCUCUAGGACAUGGAUGGAUGUCUCAUGAGGACUUGCGAGCUAGAGGACCCCAGUGCCUCCCAUCCGAUCAUGCCCCCCUGUCUCCACAAAGCAGUGUAGCCUCUUCAGGAAGUGGUGGGAGUGAACACUUAGAAGAUCAGACCACUGCUCGUAACACAUUCCAAGAAGAAGGUAGUGGUAUGAAAGAUGUUCCCGCCUGGUUAAAAAGCCUCCGCCUUCACAAGUACGCUGCGCUGUUCUCCCAGAUGACCUACGAGGAGAUGAUGGCCCUCACCGAGUGCCAACUGGAGGCUCAGAAUGUUACCAAAGGUGCAAGGCACAAAAUUGUCAUCAGUAUUCAGAAGCUCAAAGAAAGACAAAACCUCCUGAAGUCUUUGGAACGGGACAUCAUCGAGGGGGGCAGCCUUCGCAUCCCACUCCAGGAGCUGCACCAGAUGAUCCUGACUCCUAUCAAGGCCUACAGCUCCCCGAGUGCCACCCCUGAGGCUCGCCGCCGGGAGCCCCAGGCCCCACACCCAGCUUCGCUCAUGGGCCCCGAGAGCCAGAGCCCCGACUGCAAAGACAGUGCCGCGGCCCCGAGUGCCACAGCCACCACCUCAGCCGGCGCCAGCGGCGGGCUCCAGCCACACCAUCUGAGCAGCUGUGACGGGGAGCUGGCUGUCGCCCCCCUGCCGGAGGGGGAUCUCCCCGGGCAGUUCACACGUGUCAUGGGGAAAGUGUGCACACAGCUCUUGGUCUCCAGACCCGAUGAGGAGAAUAUAAGUUCCUAUUUACAGCUCAUAGACAAGUGUCUAAUUCAUGAGGCAUUUACAGAGACGCAGAAAAAAAGAUUGUUGUCAUGGAAACAGCAGGUGCAGAAGCUCUUUCGGUCUUUCCCUCGGAAAACCCUUCUAGACAUAUCAGGAUAUCGACAGCAAAGAAAUCGCGGCUUUGGGCAGUCCAACUCCCUCCCGACGGCCGGCUCUGUGGGCGGCGGCAUGGGCAGACGGAACCCACGCCAGUACCAGAUCCCUUCUCGGAACGUCCCUUCUGCCCGCCUGGGCCUCUUGGGCACCAGCGGGUUCGUCAGCUCCACCCAGCGCAACACCACAGCCAACCCCACCAUCAUGAAACAAGGAAGACAGGUUUGUUCUGCACCAGAGAGGAGGGUGGGCAGCCAAGCUCAGCGCCCAAGCCUGCAGGAUGUUUCCCCAGAUGACCCCAAGAACCUCUGGUUUGCCAACCCCGGGGGCAGCAACAGCAUGCCAAGCCGCACCCACAGCUCCGUGCAGAGGACCCGCUCGCUGCCCGUGCACACUUCUCCCCAGAACAUGCUGAUGUUCCAGCAGCCAGAAUUCCAGCUUCCCGUGACUGAACCUGACAUCAACAACAGGCUGGAGUCCUUGUGCCUCAGUAUGACCGAGCACGCCCUGGGAGACGGGGUGGACCGGACCUCCACAAUCUAAAGCUGAAGAUGGGGGAGACCGCGCUGGCCGUGAAAUCGACUGCUGCGGGUCCAGUGUCAGCCAUCGUCGGGCUGCACGGAAUCCUCCGGGAUCCUUCGCAGCCCUCCCCUGGUCCCUCUCCCACUUUGAUUUUGUGAGAGCGUAGGUCAUCCUUGUAAACAUAUCAGUAGACCUGGGAUUGGUUAUUCUGUCAUUUGUUUGUGUCCUGGGGUGGCUUGGUGGGGGAGGGUGGGGGUGGGGGCCUCUAGGGGAACGUGGGACUGGGGGGUGGGGGGAGGUGGAGGGAAUGCAAGUGGCUUCCUGGAUGGAAAGGGAGGGGGAAGAGAGUCCUGCCUUGAAAGAGAGAAGAGAGACCCAGGAGGGAGGCCGGAGCCCAGCCCUGAGAGCCGCUCUGGGGGCCGGCCGGCCUCACCGCCUGGCCCUGGGAGGAAGUCACGGCUGCGUGUGACCAAAGCAAGACGGCGCUCGCUCUUCUGUCCCCCAUUGGACUUCCCUGAAGCCCCCCGCUUGGGAUCGAGCCACCGGAGAGGGCCACCGGGCAACGGGGGCAAGAAGGGAGAGCUUCCCUCCAGCGAAGUUUCAGAGAAACUUUGAUUUGUGUAUUGUUUACAUAACAGCUCUAAAGGGUACAUGCCGCGGAAAGCCUUGGAUGGAACUUCUCUUCAUGCUGUGGUUUUUGUGAAGGGUCUGUUGUAUGGAUUCAUUCCCCUCUAUUUUCAUACCAGCAGCAGGGCUGUCUGUUCCGAUGGCUCUGCUCCCGGGAGGCGUGGUCUCGGUGGGCGGGGAGCGUGCAGGUGGGUUUGAAGGACGAGGUGUGCUGACCUGGGCCCCGCGUUCGCUUGGGGGUGCGGGGGGGGGGGCCCUCAAAGAGGGGUUUGCGGGCCACCCAGAGGUUUUGAAAGGCCCUGAGGCCCUUUCUCUGCUGGACUUGCUCUCACCCGAGACCGCCCCCCCGCCCGACCACAGGCUCUCAGCCCGUCGCUGGCGGCACACACAGGUGGGACGAGUGCCCCUGGAGAGAAAAGGCAAGGAUGGACAUUGGUUUCCUUGCAAGAGGCCUUACUACCCAGAUAAUGAGCUCAAAACGCCGCUGACCUGGGUCCUCCCGGGACCCUGCGCCUGGGGCCGCCCCCCCUGAGCUGGUUCUCUGCUGAGAGGGAGGAGGAGGCCCCGGCCAGCAGCCGUCGGAACGGUCAGUCCGUCAGUCCGCAAGUGGCAGAGGGAGCGGAGGCAGGUGUACGGCCGGCCGCCCACCGUCCCGGGUGGGAAAGGGACUGUGUGAUGGAACCGGCGCUCCGUCCGCAGGGUGUCCGUGAGGGAUUUGCUGCGCUGUGGGCUGAUUUCCCCUCCACACAGAAGGGAGAGAAAGCCACCCUUUACCCGGCGAGAGAUUAGCAGACACUGCCACAGAGUAAUAGCUCUAUGUCUUAAGGGCAAGAAAGACUCCGUUUGGGAAUCCCACGCGAUGGAGGGUGUCCGAGGGAAUGGGAGAGGACCGAGCUGUGCGCUGGAAAACCGGGCUGUGUCAGUGAUGGAGUGAACGCUCAGCCGGAGGCGCGACCGGGGAGAGGGUAUGAGGUCUGUUUAGUAAAUGGGUGCAUCUGGUGCCUUUUUUUCUUUUUUUUUUUAAGUGAAGUCGGUCAGAGUUGAAAAGAUCAGACCAUGAAAAUUGCUGCACUUGCUCAUGGUUAUUGAAAAGAAAAGUGUUAAUGAAAUAAACACCGAUGUCAAAGGCCUUAAUGAAAUUCAAACAACUUCCUUUCACCUUCAAGGUUAAAAAUGUACACCCCACACAGCCUUGAGUGGCGUUGGAGGUUGUGAUGAGGUUUUUCCAGUCCCUUUAAGGUCUAAAAGGGUGAGGGCAUCUUAACUGUAGAGAGCCUUUCACAAGCCAGCCAAGGCUGGAACCUACAAAAUCAUGGAGAGAGAGAGAGAGAGAGAGAGAGAGAGAGAGAGAGAGAGAGAGAGAGAGCUCUCUUUGGGUGGCACAUUCUAAAGACGCAAAUCCAUGUGCAGAAAGAGGCGGCAUUUUUUAGUUGAUUUUUUUUUUUAACCAAGUGCCAUUAACAUUCAUCCUCCACAUCCCUUUUCUAAAUAAGCCUAGUGUUAUUUGAGGAAUGUGUUGGGAUGGACGAUCACAUGUAAGGCAGUAAAAAUGUUGAAGGCCAAAGGUAGGACUAGAGGGUUUGCGGAAGUGGUUUUUGGAUGCUGAGGACGUUAAAGAGGAGAGAGGCGACGGCACCACGCAUCUCGUGGAGAAAUAAGAAAGCAUUCGGAUCUGUGCAGAACACGUGCAUAGAGACGGCGGUGGUUCAGAAACCAGAUUGUGAAUACAAUCACACUAGCAUGACUCCUUUAAAAGGAAGACCUUAAACGUAUUUGCAAAUCUGAAUUUCUAUUUAUUCCUUCACUGAAUAUAGAAACAAUGGUUAUCUGAUUCUUAGAGAUAUUAUUUUGGAUAUGUUACUUAUUAACUUGCUAUGGCUGGUAACCAUGAUAAAGUCUGUUAUUAAUAACAACAUAUUCUUUUUUUAAAAAAAGAAAAGAAAAGCUUAUUUUUAUUGACUGUGUAUAGAUUUAUCUACUUAGUUGUGUUUUGCUCUUAGUGUUUUAAGUUGUUUUUUUUUAAGUUGAGUGUUCUGAUCAAUUUUAGGAACCUAGCCCCACUUCGUGACGAGUCCUGUGUUGGCUGCAGGUAUACAGCUCAAUUUGAAAAUCCUAAAGCAAAAGAAUUUUAUUUAUAAGAGAGUCAAACAGUUGCAUGCAUGAGGCUGUGACGUCGGAUGUUUAGUACUAACGCGGCAGUGCCUUUUUUUGUAACUACCCAUUGACCCACAGAUGCGACUGUUUUAUAUUAAUAGUAAACAUUCAAGAUCUCCGAGUAAAAUCUAUUUCCCAUGUUUUCCCCCACUUGUUCUGAUUUAAGCAGUGUGUGUGUGUGUGUGUGUGUGUGUGUGUGUGUGUGUGGCAUCUCUACGCUGUCCCAGGGACAGUGACGUUCUACAAUAUUGUUACCAUGUGUGAUGUUUUACUGGUGCUUUUUAUUCAUAGUGGUUUCUUAACAGAAACGAUAGGAAGACACACAUGAACUGUGUACAAGAAAUGAAACGUUGCUGCUGAUACGUCGUCGUUUCCACAUGCUUUUUGAGUUUCCCUUUCUAACCGAGGGCCAGCAAGCAAACUAGACCUUGCUGGGCCUGCCUGCAGGAGGCAGCUGUUUGCACGAGCUCUCCAGUCCUGGGUAUCGAUGGUCCCUGUUGGGUGCUCAGGAGGGAGCCACAGCUGGGCCCCUGCCUCCCACUCGUUUGAAGAGACACUGAGGGAAACACGGUUUUCUUUUGAGGUGUCACUGGUUGCCUUUUACGGGAUGGGAGGCUUCUCUGGGUCUUCUGUCCUUCUGCACCUCUUGUAGCUAGUGCCAGGGCAAGGUGUGCAGGCCUGCACGCCCAGCUAGCGUGAGGGUCUCACCCAGAGCCCGGGCUGCGUCGGGCUGGGUGCACAGGCCUGCGACCAGAAGGGCAGUGAGGGGAGGACAGCUGGCCCCGGUCUCGCUGGCCCUCUUGGAGAUGCCCGCGGCAGGCCCCCAGCUUGGGUGCCAAGGAGCAGCCUGGCCCAGGCGCCCGGCGUGCCUGUUACAAGGGGGACCGGCAGAGGAACAUUUGCACAUGGGGCUGUGAUAACACUAGUGUUGAUUUUUUUUUUUUUUACAAGUCACCUGAGAUGUUUGCAAAGUGAGUUUUAUUAUUUUUUUUUUGUAAUUCCUUUAUCUUUACUUAAAGGUGAAUGUGUAUUCCUCUGGGAGGAAUAGGAAGAAAACAGGAAUGUUAAUAGCGUCCAACAGAAGACUUCCUCCCUUAUUAAUAUAUAACCCUCAUGUAUUUAUGCCUAAUGUAAGCUGACUUUUAAAAAGCUUUCUUCUGUUGCAUGCCCCAUGCAGGCAUCUCUAUUGUACAUGCAUGCCUUUCGUCCUGUUUUCCUGUAUAAAGUUAGUGAACAAAGAACUAUUUUUGCCUAGUUCAUGUUGCCAAGCAAUGCAUAUUUUUAAAAUUUGUCAUAUAUGGAAAUAGCAUGUUUGUUACAUGUAAAAGCUUUACUGAUACACAGAUAUACUAAUGUUUGGAGAUGCUGUUCUUUGCAAGUGUACAGUUUUCAAAUGUUGUUACCAGUGAAACACCCUUGUGGUUUAAACUUGCUACAAUGUAUUUAUUACUCAUUUCCUCCCAUGUAACUAAGAAUCAUGGCUAUAUUUCAUAUCAACGUUAUAUUGAAAGUGAAGGGAAAUGAUUAAUACAAGGUUUUGUAACA